AUCGAAACCAAGCUCAAAUCCGUCUCAUGACCAAAACCAGACCCUUUCAGCAGGACACAAUCUCCAGUUCGAAGCUUCUGUCUGUUUCUUCAAGGGAUUAAAACCACUGCAGCCAUGGCUUCCUCCAGCAGUGUCCUGAGUGAAGAUCAGCUCCAGUGCUCCAUCUGUCUGGAUGUGUUCACUGAUCCAGUCUCGACUCCAUGUGGACACAACUUCUGUAUGAUCUGUCUCAAAGAGUACUGGGACAGCAGUUCACACUGUCAGUGUCCAGUGUGUCAAACGAAUUUUGCCAAAAGACCGGAGUUGUGUGUGAAUACGUUCAUCUCUGAACUUGCUGCUCCAUUUAAGAAGGCAGUUCAGGUGAAAUCCAGCAGCGCUGCAGAAAAACCCACACAAUCUGUGGUGCUCUGUGACGUCUGCUGUGAAAAGAAAUGUGCAGCCGUGAAGUCCUGCCUGAUCUGUAUGACAUCUUACUGCAAGACUCACCUGGAACCUCAUGAGAGAGUUUCUUCAUUAAAGAAGCACAAACUGAUGAAUCCUGUGGAGAACCUGGAGGACUACAUCUGCUUGAAGCAUGAGAGACCCCUGGAGCUGUUCUGUAGAGAUGAACAGACGUGUGUGUGUCAGUUCUGUACUGAGGGAGAACACAGAACUCAUAACACUGUUCCUAUAGAGGAGGAGAGUGGAGAGAAGAAGACUGAGUUGGGAAAUACACAAGCCGAAGUUCAGCAGAUGAUCCAGGAGCGACUGAAGAAGAUUGAAGAAAUUAAACACGCUGUCGAACUCAAUAACAAAAACACAGAGAAGGAGAAAGCAGACACUGUGGAGGUCUUCAGUGCUCUGAUGCGCUGCAUUGAGAGAAGUCAGACUGAGCUGCUUAUGGUGAUGGAGGAGAAGCAGAAAGCAGCAGAGAUGCAGGCUGAAGAGUUCAUUAAAGAGCUGGAGCAGGAAAUCACUGAGCUAAAGAGGAGAAACACUGAGCUGGAGCAGCUCUCACACACUGAGGAUCACCUCCACCUCCUACAGAUUUACCCGUCACUGUGCAGCCCUCCACACACCCAGGACUGGACUGACAUCACAAUUAACCCUCAUCUGAGUGAGGAGACUCUGAGGAGAGCUCUGUCUCAGCUUCAGGAAACUCUCAGUGAGGAAAUGCGGAAGGUUGAAGAGACUGUUCAGUAUUUACCCUUCAAACUGAAGAGAAUUCAACAAUAUGCAGUGGAUGUGACUCUGGAUCCUGAUACAACUCAUCUUGCACUCAUCCUGUCUGAUGAUGGGAAACGAGUGAAACAUGGAGACACAGAACAGGAUCUCCCUGAUAACCCAGAGAGGUUUGAUCUUUGUCCCUGUGUGCUGGGAAAGGAGGGAUUCCCCUCAGGGAGAUUUUACUAUGAGGUGCAGGUCAGAGGGAAGACUAAGUGGACUUUAGGAGUGGCCAGAGAGUCCAUUAACAGGAAAGGGAAGAUUACAGUCAGUCCUGAAGAUGGAUACUGGUGUGUGUGUCUGAGGAAUGAGACUGAAUAUAAAGCUUGUGGCUCUCCUCGUGUCUCCCUCUCCUUGAAACAGGCUCCUCAGAAGGUGGGGGUGUUUGUGGAUUAUGAGGAGGACCUGAUCUCCUUCUAUGAUGUUGAUGCAAAAUCCCAUAUCUACUCUUUCACUGGUCAGAAUUUCACUGAGAAACUUUAUCCAUUCUUCAGCCCCGGUCUCAGUGAUGGAGGUAAAAAUUCGGCACCACUGAUCAUCUGCCCUGUUCAUCAGAUCCAAGCUUAGUAUUUUUUUUAUUUUAGUGUUUAUGCUGUCUUGCAAAUUUGAAUCCUAUUUCAUCUUAGCAUUUUAAAUGGUCUAUAUUUUGCUGUCUUUUUCUUGUGAAGAUGUGUUUCUGAAAAAUUGUCUCUGAAAUGUUAAUUUUUUUUUUCAAAAUGAUCUUGUAUAUUUGAAUUUGUGUCGAGAAAGGAAGUGGACAAAAUAAGAAAAGCACUACAUGAUAAAGGACCUUGAGUCUGAAGUGUCAAACAAUUCCAUCCACAGUUGCACAGGAUAGUUCUAUUCGGUUGAUUCCUGACUCACAGCGUGUAUCAGCUGUAAGACAGCUCUGAAAAUUAACACUUUGAUGAUCAUGAUAGUGCCAAAGGGUGCAGAACUACACUACCCAUCAGCCCCAGCACAUCACAUGACUCACUAAUCACUCUCACCUGUCUCUCCUAAUGCAUUGUUAGCUCCACUAUUUAAGUAAACAUAUCAGACGCUCGCUUGCCGUGCUGUGAAAAUUGUGCAUGCUGAUGCUCAUCUAAGUUUCCAAAUAUCAUUGCUUAACUCUUGAAUAUUUUCUAUCCUGACUACUUUCAUUAAAAAGCUUAUAAUCACUGUUUAAAGUGCACCUGACACCAAAAAACAUGUUAAUUUGUUAAUUUCUACGGAAGCCGAGGGAGGCCCUUCAUAUAAUCCUUUUUUUUUAUUCACCUUGUUAUCCUGAGAAAGCGAUAUAAUUAAUUCAGGAUCUCGAGAAAACAACACAACUAAUUCGAGAUCUCGAGAAAACAAAACCAUUAUUCCGAGAUCUCGAGAAAACAAAAUCGUUAUUCCGAGAUAAUGACAUAAUUAAUUCAGGAUCGUGAGAAAACAACACAACUAAUUCGAGAUCUCGAGAAAACAAAACCGUUAUUUCGAGAUCUCGAGAAAACAAAACCGUUAUUUAUUUAGCUUUUGCCAUAGGAAGAUCUAUAUAUAUGUACAUACAUCAUGGCAUGGGAAACCACAACAGCUUGCGCCAAUUACAGCGGCCCCAUUAUACCAAAUCUGCAUGUCUUUAAACUGUGGGGGAAACCGGAGCACCCGGAGGAAACCCAUGCGGACACGGGGAGAACAUGCAAACUCCACACAGAAAGGCCCCUGUCGGCCGUGAGGUUCGAACCCGUAACCUUCUUGCUGUGAGGCGACAGUGCUAACCACUACACCACCGUGCCACCAAUUUCGAGAUCUCGAGAAAACAAAACCAUUAUUUCAUGAUCUCGAGUAAACAGCUGAGAAAUGAUUCAUUCAGGAACGCCAAGAGACUUGUGAUAUGCUGACUUUGGGGCUAUUUCUCAUUCUGUAUAGACGCAACUUUGGUCAUUAGAAUGUCUGGAAUAAUCGUUCACCUAAUAAGGCAAUAUUUUGAUCAGGGGUUGACACAGGGAGAGAUUGCAUUAAGUCUUUUAAUAAGGGAUAAUUUCAAAAUUAGUCCACGGCACCUCCGCAGAAGACUGGCCCCCCUCUCUCUCAAGGCAUCGUAAAAAGCCAUUUCUGCUCUGUUACAUGUCUGCCAAUUUCUAAGUCUUCAUUGUCUGACCCACAGGGGGGCGCAGCUCUGCUAGAAAUCUCAGCUGUUUUCUCAAGAUCAUGAAAUAAUUGUUUUGUUUUUUCGAGAUCACGGAAUAAGUUUUGUUUUCUCGAGAUCUCGAAUUAGUUGUGUUGUUUUCUCGACAUCCUGAAUUAAUUAUGUCGUUAUCUCGGGAUAACAAGGUGAAUAAAAAAAGAUUAUAUGAAGGGCCUCUCGCGGCUUCCGUAAAUUUCUGCCAUAUUGAGUUGAAUAAAAUGACAGAUUUACUUCACACAUCGCGCGACAGAAUAGUAAGAAACAUCGUUUUGAAUGGUCCGCCACGCAGAUAAAUUGAUAUCACGGCAAGCCAACCCACGGCCGAGGAAGAAGGCGGAUAUGACGUCACAUGCAGAACCGCUGACAGACAUUUUCUCAGCUUCUCGUUGUUCACCAGUGCUUUUGCAAGUGAAUAUUUUUGCAUCUGACUUGUGGAUUUUGGUGAAUAUGCCUGCUCGUUGUGUGGCUGGGUUUUGCUCCAACGCCAGGGAAGCCGGGUAUAGUCUGUAUACCUUUCCCAAGGAUCCCAUCAGACACGAAGAGUGGGCAAAACAAGUGCGCCGGACACGGGACAUGUGGACUCCCAAUGACAUGUGGGCCUCUGACAGACUUGUGACACUUGUUUGAUUAGCUGUUGAUUGAUGGUUUUUCGGUGUGGAUCUCCAUCUUGUAAUGAGAUAUUUACUACUAAAUAAUAGCAAUAGGUGAAUUUGUUCAUGAUUCAGAGUUCUGCCACAGUUCUGCUGCAAUACCGUGUUGGCUGGACCUUAUUAGUCUGGCUAACGCGACUUCAAAGCUCUGCGAGCAUUUGGUCUGGCAAAGAUAUUAAGCCCAACCGUUUCCCAAAGCGCGUGGUUGACCCGCCUCCCUGAAAUGCCUCAGUUUGCUACUGGUCAAAGCCAGAAAAGGCUGUGACGAAGCUUAAACCAAUCACAUCACUCUUUCCUCUGACGUAUGUGACGCGACGAUAGGAUUCUCGCUGAGCCCCAUUGAUUUGGCUACCAGCGGGGCUAACUGGUAGAUUAAACUCUUACCGAAGCCGGUCGGGAGCAAGGCGAAAACGUCCUUCCUUUCAAUAAAUACCUCCAGGGCUGCUCUUUGCUCCGUUUUCAAUGAGAACUUCCCGUUGAAUGCUUUCAAUACAGCAUGAUUCUGUAAACAGUCUAUGGCUUCCGGUCGCAGUUCUACUACGUCACUGCCUUGAACACACCUCUACCCAGGGCUGUUGGAGAUGCUCAAAGUUGAUUGGCUCCCGAUUUUUCGGGAGCUUGGAAGAGCUGUAGAUAGCUUGCCUGGCCAGACUAAGCUUGCAACAGGCCCCCGUGUUGCGUCACACUUAGGAUGGGCGGGCCCAGGCUAGGACCUUAUAGGCCUAACAUGCAAUUGAAUUUCAUCAGUUCAUAGAAGUUUUUAUUCUUAUCAAAUAAAAAUGUGAGAAAACGGCCCAAAUCUAAAAGACCAUGAACUUUCAAGAGAGCAUAUUUUUUUAAAAGGAAAUCAGUGCGGUAACAUUGUCAAUUUUAUAUGAUAGAAGUAUUUUAUCCUAUUAUCAUUUACCACCUAAGAUACAGCCUAUUUUUCAAUGAAAAAUAACAUUUAGUAUUAUGAAUAUUCAUAAUAACACAAUAGUUAGCAAAUUACUGAAUCUUCAAAUUUGACGUGAAUCGAAGGGUUUGUAUUAGUCUGGUUAACACCAGACCAUAUCACAAGUGAAAUAUGGUCUGGAAUCCGCCUACUGAAUUUCUCGUAGGGGAGGUGUGGUUUACGAUUGUCAAUGGCCGUUUAUUGGACGUUGCGAAUGUCUAUCAUUUGGCGUAUACGUAGCCCAUGGCCAAUCAUGGCAGUUGUACCCGGUGACGUAGUUAGAGCGACAAAGAAGAUGAAGAGGCGAAGAAGAGAAGGAAAGAGAAGGCAAAACAAAAAUGGACUGUAACGCCAAACGCUGUUCUUUUUUUAAAACAAACUUUCUCUCUAAACUAUUCAGAACAGUGUCUAAAGCUUGAUCGAAAGUUUGGUUUGUAUCGCUCGCCGCCAUGUUAAAUGUGAUCCGUAAACAGUCCCAAAUAAACUACAAGCUUCCGUUGUCGAGUAGUACCCGUCACCGUCUUUCCACCCCUCCCCACUCUCUGAUUGGCUCCCUAACUCAGGCGAGCCUUUAGACCAUAGUUUCCAUGCUGUCUUUUCAGAUCGGAACGAUUGUGCAAAGCAGCAUGGGAUUUCCCAGGCUAGGUUUGUAUGCAAACCUAAGGCGAUUUUUGGUAAUUAUAUCAAUGAAAACCAAUCCAAUGCAUACAAAUAGGAUGUUGUCAUAUAAGAUAUGGGCAAUCUUACUACUUGCAUGGAUAUUUCACAGUAUUGUCUCUUGAGAGAAAUCUUGAGAGAAUUCAACAUACUAACUCUGUUUAAUAGGAAGUGAUUAACACAAACAAGUGAAAUGACCUACGUAAUCAUUAUCGCGUUGCCAUUGAUGGCAGGAUGUGUAAGGUAAACAAAUCCCGCUCAGGCAGCAGCCGGGAUGUGUACCUCACCAAUCCCACCGUCAGUGGCAACCAGGAAAUUGCUGCAGAAUAAUACUGUAUUAUUCUGUAUUAAUAAUCCGACAUGUCCAGUGUCAACCUCAAAAAGGGCCUCAGUUUCUGAAGACUGAUCAGAAAAUCGCUCUGUUUCGUCGGCCAUAGCUGCAUAGAAGGCCGAGCAGUCGUUCUGCAUGUGACGUCACGACAAAUAUGGCGGCCACUGACAGCGGCUUGGUGCUUGGCCAGAUUGAUGCAGCUGCGCACAAAGUUUCGUUCUGUUGGUGGUUAGUUCUAUCAUGAAAGUGAUCAGUGGUGUUUGUAGUUUUAUUACAGAAACCUAUUUUAGAACAUAAUUUUGCUGUCAGGUGCACUUUAAGUUCUAGUUUUCAGUGUCUCACUGUCAAGCUUUUGUGGUCGUCAUCAAUGUUAGGGUUUGUUACUUGUCUUGUUUUAGUUGUUUGUGUUUCACUGAAUGUAAAUAAAAAGUCUGCACUUGCAUCAGUCUCCACCUUCUAACAUCUGACACUGAUCUGUGAGAUUAUAAAGCAACAUGAGGCAACGGACAGACAGUGGGAAUCUGAAUUUCAGGUUUGUCAGUGAUCAAAAUUGUGAAAUUAUUUUAUGGUUUAAGGGAGGCAGGCUUGAAAAUCAUGGCAGUGUUGAUCAUGGACACAAAGACACAAAUCAUACCCAUACGUACAGUAUAAUAUGGAGUUCACCAUUCUCAAAGGAUAUGGAAUGAAAAUAUGUUUUGACUUUUUUAAAAUGGUAACAGAAGAAUGAAUCAUUCCCUUUGCAUUAAUAGUUCUCUCUGUAAAUGUAAUAAUUGUGUGUUUGCUGUGGUAUAAAACAUUUCUGAACCUGUUCUUAUAGGAAAAUAAACUUCAGGGUGGUAACA